CUAUUUCUGCUUACAGUGGAACACAGCUGAGCGCAGAGCGACAGUAGUGCUCCUAUCAAAUCUAGAAAAUCUGCGUCCACCCCGCAGCAAUGCGAAGGAAAUCAAGGAUAUUGUUGUGUUUUGCCGUGCUCUGGAUCCUUGGCAUCGCAUAUUACUUUUAUUCGGGAACUGCGAUGAAUAGAAAGGAUAACUGGAAUGGCAGUGAGUCUUUGAAAAGGAAAGAAACGCACAGCAUCAAUGCAGAAGACAAAGCAAACAGUUUGGAGACGCUACCUCCAGGGAAAAGGAGGUGGCAGGACUUUAACCAGGAUUUGUAUGUUGGUGCUACAGUAGUCAAACCUGGCCAGGAUCCUUAUGCUCGCAAUAAAUUUAACCAAGUUGAGAGUGACAAGCUACAAAUGGAUAGAGGUGUGCCAGACACAAGACAUGAUCAUUGUCGACAUAAACUGUGGCAGACUGAUUUACCAGCAACCAGCGUUGUCAUCACCUUCCACAACGAGGCUCGAUCUGCUUUGCUGCGUACUAUUGUCAGUGUUCUUAAGAAAAGCCCAGCGCAUCUUAUCAAAGAAAUUAUAUUAGUUGAUGAUUACAGUGACAACGCUGAAGAUGGCGCUUUGUUGGCAAAGAUAGAAAAAGUGCGGAUACUCAGAAAUGAUCGACGAGAAGGUUUGAUGCGAUCUCGCGUGAGGGGUGCAGAUGCUGCCGUAGCUAAGGUGUUAACAUUCCUUGACAGCCACUGUGAAUGCAAUGAACACUGGUUGGAGCCACUGCUAGAGAGGGUAGCAGAGGAUAAAACGAGAGUUGUAUCUCCUAUCAUCGAUGUUAUAAAUAUGGAUAAUUUCCAGUAUGUAGGUGCCUCAGCAGACCUAAAAGGGGGGUUUGACUGGAACCUUGUGUUUAAAUGGGAUUACAUGACUCCUGAACAAAGAAGAGUGCGUCAGGGAAAUCCAAUUGCACCAAUAAAGACACCAAUGAUAGCUGGUGGUCUCUUUGUUAUGGACAAAGACUACUUUGAAGAACUGGGAAAGUAUGACAUGAUGAUGGAUGUCUGGGGUGGUGAAAAUUUAGAGAUCUCAUUUCGUGUAUGGCAAUGUGGCGGAAGUCUGGAAAUCAUUCCUUGUAGCCGGGUAGGCCAUGUGUUUCGCAAACAACAUCCUUACACCUUCCCAGGAGGCAGUGGGACAGUAUUUGCCAGGAACACCCGGAGGGCAGCAGAGGUUUGGAUGGAUGAAUUUAAAAAUUUCUACUAUGCAGCAGUGCCAUCAGCACGAAAUGUCCCUUAUGGGAAUAUCCAGAGCAGGCUAGAAAUGAAAAAGAGACUUGGCUGCAAACCUUUUAAGUGGUAUCUGGAAAACGUCUACCCGGAACUUAGGGUGCCUGACCACCAAGACAUAGCCUUUGGGGCUUUGCAGCAAGGCGGUAACUGUUUGGACACCUUGGGCCAUUUUGCAGAUGGUGUUGUAGGGGUCUAUGAGUGCCACAACGCUGGCGGAAACCAGGAAUGGGCGUUGACUAAGGAUAAGUCAGUUAAACACAUGGACCUGUGCUUGACUGUUGUAGACAGAGCCUCAGGCUCUCAAAUAAAACUGCAAGGAUGUAGAGAGAAUGACAGCAGACAGAAAUGGGAGCAGAUUGAAAACAACUCCAAGCUGAGACAUGUAGGAAGCAACCUCUGUUUGGACAGUCGAAAUGCCAGGAUUGGUGGUCUGACAGUAGAAGUCUGUAGUCCAUCACUGACUCAACAGUGGAAAUUCACACUGAAUCUACAGCAGUAAAAAAUAUAUAAAUACAUAAAUCAGUAAAAAUCCAGCACAUACUAAAGACAGAGAUUUGAGGACAUUAUUUGAUUUGAUAAAAAAAGAUGAUUUCCAUCCAACUGUAUACCUCGAUGUUCCAGUUUUGGAAGUGAGAACAUGUAGUGAGUAUUUGACACCAGAGGAAUAGAGAUCUCUUACUUAUUUCACUUCCUUCCCUCUACAUUCCCUAUGGAUAUUACAUUUCCAUCCUGGAGAAUGCAAAGACGUUGUAUUCUUGGGUCCCUCAAGGUCGGUAGACUCCGCAGCAGCAGUGUAUCUGUGUAGUGUAUGAACAUGGUGUUGUCAUCCAAGAGAAAGCAACAAAGAAGUUGUCCUGGGACCACCAUGUUAAGGGAGAAAGCAUAGAUGCCAUGUCAUUUCUUUUCCAACCUGCUGGAUAUGAACUUGCUAUAUUUUCUAUUAUGUACACCUAAAAUAAUUAUCUUCUAUUUUUAAUAAUAAUUUGCAUUGUCUGAAAGAAUCGACAAAGUUGAUGAAACAGCCUCACACACCAAAAUGGAACAGUAGCUGGAAAAGCAAGGACUUGAUGCUGCUGAGCCUACUUUAGCGCUGGAUGCUACUGAUGGGAUUCAAUAUUUAACUGAUCCUUUUGCCCUUUAUGGUUACUUGAAAAUGUUAAGACUUUUUGUUUGUGUUCUUUUUUAGUUCCUUCUUUUCUUUUUUUUUUAAAUGAUCAUACAUAAGACGAAAUAACACCACAUUGUCUUCUGGAUUGUCAUUCCAUGUUCUAUAUUCAUAAUAGAAUUGUUUGUGAUUUGAUAGCACUACAUAGAAUGAAAAAAAAAAUCUUAACUAUUGAUUUCAUUUUUAUUAGAUACUCAUAUCUUUUGACUGUGUUUUGUAAGUAGGGAAGUGACUUCCAAGUAUCUUUCCUAAUAGGUAUGCACUGUCUAGUUAACAGGGCUUGAAGUGGCAGUUUUGCACUCUGGAUUCAGUACCAGACUGCUACAACUGUGGCCCUAUUUUGUUACCUAUAAAAGGGAAUAUUAUGUGGUUGCAAAUUUAAUAUUUUUAAAUGCUCCCAAUAUCAUGAUAAUUAGCAUGUCUGCAUAAAACAAAACAAAAAACAAAAACUGACACAUAUUUAGAACUGUAUAUCUUUAAAGAUGUAAAUAUAAAACAUACAAGGAACAUGUCUUUCAGAUACAUCAUCAUUUAGUUAAAGUGACUGGGAGGGAGGGUAUCUUAGUUUUUCAUUGGAUACAAAUGUUUACAUAAAACAGUGUGCCAAAGUUAUUCACUGUACAAUUUAAAAUAUCAGUGCAUUUUUACUUGAGAUUUGAAAGUAUAAAACACUAGGUUAUAGUGCAAAGUAUAUGAUCCAGUGGGUGUUACUGUAUAAUUAAAAAAUAUAACUUCCUUAUUUCAAGCUUAGUCCUACUCAUAGUUGUGACAACAGUUUAGUAUAGCAUUUUAAAACAAUGCAGACAGUUUGAUGUCAAUGUAAAGCUUUUUUUUUUUUUUGGGGGGGGGG